AUGGGAGCCUGCGUGAGCGGCGGUCUUUCCGAAGGUGAGAAGGCGGCCAAGAAGAGGAACAAUGAAAUCGACUACGAAUUGCAACAGGACAGAAAGAGGCUCAGACAGGAAGUAAAACUUCUGCUUCUCGGGCCGGGCGAGUCGGGCAAGAGUACCAUCUUCAAGCAGAUGAAGAUCAUUUCUAUGGCUGGCGGCUUCACGCGAGAGGAGCUGAUGGCCUACAAGCACGUCAUAUACGGAAACUGCGUCACACAGAUGAAGGUCAUCGUUCACGCCGCCUCCAAGCUGGGCAUCGAGAUGGCCUCCGAGGACAACAUGGAACGGGCCGAGCGACUGGCGAAGCUGCCGGCGGGCGGCGACAGCUUCACGUCCCAGGUGGCACAGGACAUCGCCGCCCUGUGGGCCGACGCGGGCAUCCGCGCCGCCUACGAGCAGCGCGACAAAACCUACCAGCUCAACGACUCAGCCUCCUACUUCUUUGACAACAUUGGCAGGUUCGAGCAGGCCGACUACUGCCCGACCGAGCGGGACGUGCUGCGAGCCCGCAUCCGAUCCGUGGGUAUCGACGAGGCCCAGUUCGAAUUCGACGACAUGGCCUUCUGCAUGGUCGACGUGGGCGGACAGCGAUCCGAACGCAGGAAGUGGAUUCACUGCUUCGACUGCGUCACGGCGGUCAUCUUCUGCGUGGCCCUCUCCGAGUACGAUCAGACGCUUCGCGAGGACGACAGCCAGAAUCGAACAAAGGAGUCGCUGCUGCUGUUUGAUGAGAUUUGCAACAGCCCAUGGUUCGCCGAGACUGCGUUCAUUCUCUUCCUCAACAAGGUCGAUCUCUUCAAGGAGAAGAUCAAGAAGGUCGACCUCAAGGGCACCUUCCCCAGCUACAAUGGUGGAGCCAACUUCGAGGCGGCGUCGCAGUUCAUCAGGAGCCGGUUUUUGGAGGUGAACACGUCGCCCCACGUCAUCUACACUCACUUCACGUGCGCCAUCGACACACAGAACAUCGAGUUUGUGUUCAAGGCGGUGAGAGAGACGAUCCUCAAGACCAUCAUCGACAACAUCUUCUGA